AUGGUUUGGUAUAUCGCCGUCCUUGUGGCACACUGCGGCAUCAUUAGAGGACGAUCGAGUAUGGCAUCAAUUACGACUUACCUGAUCAUGUUACAAUAG